AUGGUGGGCAGAAGAAGGAAGGGGAGAGUGAAAAUCACCACUAAUGACAAGGAAUCGCGUCUUGAAGGGGAAAAUUUUGUGGGUUCUGAUGGUGUGAAGGAAAAAAAGGAAUUGGGGAAGUCGAUUAGGGUUCAGCAAGACGAGGAACUAGAGAGAUUGGCUAUGGAGAUCGAGACUGCCUCAUCUAGGGCUUCUUCGAAGAGAUCGGUAAACAAGGAGAUGUUUACGCCAGAGGAAGGGAUGGGUUGUUUAAGUAAGGGGAACGUAGCUCACCUCUCUGAUGGGUGUUUUAGUGGGAAAAUUCUAGAUGCACAGGAAGUAAGAGGGAAGGAAAAGCAUACUAAGAGGCAACUCAACUGGGAUGAGAACAGAAGGGCAGUAGACGGAGCUGCAGUCUGGGAUGGAUCUGGUGCUGAGAAAUUAAAAGCUCUGAUUGGUAAGCUGAAGCUCACUCCUCCAUGUCAGAGAGAUGGGCAAGUGGUGGCUAAAAUUCGAGUGGAAGAUGUCCAGGCUGAAGAAGAAUUUUGGGAAAACGCUGUUGCUUGCUUCGUUCUGGGAGUGAGUCCCCCAAAAUGGGUAAUGGAAGAUUUCUUCAAGAGAGCAUGGGGGCGACUGGGAAUUGAGCAGGUAAUCCAAUUGCCCUAUGAUAUUUUUGUUGUGAGAUUUAAGACUGCUGGGGCUAGGGAUGAAGUUCUUAAUAUUAAUAUUAGGAAUUUUGGUAAUAAGCCUUUAAUUGUCAAACCAUGGAGUGUAGGGAUGGGGUUGAAUUUCAGGGAUGUGGAUAAGAGAGUUGUAAAAGGGAAGGAGGUAAGGGAAGAAGAUGCUGAGAAAGGGUUAGAGAUUGCUCAAGGUUCAAGCCAACCUGGGAAGGAAAUGGUAAAGGAGCUACGCAGUAAAGAAGGGAAUAAAAUGGGGGAUGGCACUCUGAGAGAUAAAGGAGCUAUUUCUAGUGUUGCAGAUAAUCAGGUUGUAACUGUUAGGUGUUCUUCUUUUGAGAACCUUAAUAAAGUUACUAGUGAACCCGACACUGGGAAUAACACUGACAUAAGUUGUGGGAAGGAUAAAGGCAUCUUGAUUGAUCCUGGACCUGUUUCCAAUGAGAUCGGGACUGAGAAGGUGAAUUCAAGAAUCGAUAGAGUAUUAGUAAAUGGGGAAUGGGUUGACUUGUAUAGUGACUCAAUUGUUUCAGUAUUGGAGGAAAAUAUCUCAGAUCAUUCGCCUCUUGUGUUGCAAUUUGAAGGGGAAAUGCAGAGGAAACCGAGUCCGUUUCAAUAUUUUAACAUGUGGAGUCUAUCUCCACAGUUUAAGGAUAUCGUUAAGAAGAUUUGGGAAACAGAGGUUGAAGGGAUUAAAAUGUUCCAGGUUUGUUUUAAAUUGAGGUUAUUAAAAGGUCCAUUGCGAAUGUUGAAUAAAGAACAGUUUGGGGAUGUGGUGGAGGAAGCACAGAGGAAACAGUUGAUAUUGGAAGCUAAACAAGAAUUAUUGAGUAGGGAUGCUAGCAAUGUGAAGCUAGGUGUUGAAGGAAUGAAAUGGAAAAGUCAGAAGAAUGGCAAAUAUUCUGUAACUUCAGGCUACAAAUGGUUGAUUGGAGGUGGUGAGAAGGACAUUAAUGCAAGAUGUAUUUGGGCUACUGCAAAUGUGCCAAAGCAUGCCUUCAUCGGUGAGGUUACAGAGAAGGAUAGUUCAGAUGAUGUUCCCCCUCACAGAUUGUUGUUCAGGGACGGCAGUCAGGGUGGCACCAAUGCCAGCGGUUCCAGUAAAGCAGGUACGAGCCAAGGUACCUCGGGUCAAGGUGUGACGAACACCCACAGUUCUAGUAGAGGCCACACGUCGGGAGCUGAAGAUCAGAGCAGAGAUACAUGGACUGGGCAAGGUGGGACGAACACCAGCAGUUCUAGUAGAGGCCACACGUUGGGUUCUGAACCCAAUGGCAGAGAUGUGAUGCAGACAGACUUUUUCAAGUUUAGGCAUAAGAAUAAGAUUCCGCAGAUACUCCACAACCAUGUUCAGUCAUAUCUUGAUGUCACUCCUGACGGCAAUUGUGGUUUCCGUGUCUUUGCGAGUUGCAUGUUGGGAGGGCAGAAUAAUCAUGUUUUGUACAGACAGAUAGUGUAUGAUGAGGUUAUAAAUAACCCUAGGCUGUACGAGAACCUUUACGGAUAUGAAGCCAGUUUAAUUUUGUGA